GGUUACAUCACUAUGUCUGGACGCGGGAAGCAGGGAGGCAAGGCUCGUGCUAAGGCCAAGACUCGGUCUUCCCGAGCCGGACUCCAGUUCCCCGUGGGCCGAGUGCACCGCCUUCUCCGCAAGGGGAACUACUCCGAGCGGGUGGGCGCUGGCGCCCCAGUCUACCUGGCGGCAGUGCUGGAGUACCUGACUGCUGAGAUCUUGGAGCUGGCGGGCAACGCGGCUCGCGACAACAAAAAGACUCGAAUCAUCCCGCGACACCUGCAGCUGGCCAUCCGCAACGACGAGGAGCUCAACAAGCUGUUGGGUAAAGUCACCAUCGCACAGGGAGGUGUCUUGCCCAAUAUCCAGGCCGUGCUGCUGCCCAAGAAGACCGAGAGCCACCACAAAGCCAAGGGCAAGUAAAUGUCCGCAUUAUCUUGUACCUCAAAUCUGUCCAAGUCAAAGGCUCUUUUCAGAGCCACCCACUUUAUCAAAAAGGAGCUGUGCUGCACAAUUUCAUGCAAUAUUCAACGGCAAUUUAGAAAAGUCUUGAAAUAGCUCUCGGCUUACAGUGGAAAAGAAAUCAAAGGAUAAUUGGAACUUGACUUAAAUUGACUUACUGUUUACUGUGUACUUAUGAUGUGUGAAACACCCUGCUUAAAGGAAACACAAUAGCAAUGCAGAUAGCACCUGACUAGUGGUAUGGAAUUACAUUGGGCAGAACAUGUUACCUAACAACAAAUGUUACGAAAAUAGAUACUAACUAUAUUAAGUAAAGAAUAAUCAUUACCUAAAGUCAUCUAGUCUUCAUCCUGUUAAUGAUUUAAAGUGCCUCUUCAUCACUCACCAUGUCCUCAGUUCACCAAGUUACCCUAGCUAACAGGGCCUUCAAUUCCUCUCCAAGUAAAGUAUACAUCAGCUUAGAUAAUUGGAGACAUUUUUCAUCUUUCAUUCUAGUUUCUCUUGAAUUUCUGUGGCAUUUCUACUCCAUUGGAAUCAAUUUGUCUUCUGGGUCUCUUGAAAUUUAUUU